GAAAUGUCGCUCCGGUGCAGGCUCAUCGACCACGUCACUAUGAAGGGAUGCAGAGACCCUCUGUGGCUCUACACCGUGGACCUGGACCCGCAGAACCUCGAGGUGGCGACGAGGGGGCCGGACAGGGUCAUCCGGAACCGCUUCAAGAUGCGGCAGUUGCGCGAGGUUCGUAAGUCGGAGAUGUGGUCCGAGGACUACUACGUGUGGGAGGCGUUCUGCACGGACGAGGACCUCCUCGCUAUGCGCGCCAAGUUCUCCACAGAGUUCUUCCAGCGGUUCGCCAUGGCAUACCGCAAUUACGAGGCCGGCGAGUGGCUGGCAGCGCGCGACAUGCUGUUCACGUGCCACUACUCGCCUUCCCCCGACUCUGGGUACAUUGUGAAGAGCGAGUCGGAGUGGCCCGAGGACGGCCCGACGGUGUCGUUGCUGGCCUUCAUGAGGCAGACCAACUUCUGCGCCCCGACGGGCUGGCCCGGGUACCGGGAGCUCGCCGAGAAGUAG